AUGUCGUUCGCUGCUCUGUCCGCCUCCUCUGCUGCGCCGCGCUCCGCCGCCGGGCUCAAGGUCAUCACCAUCAAGGCGGAGGGCAUCGAGGCGAGCUUCAUCCCGUACGGCGCGCGCCUCGUCUCCCUCCGCGUGCCGGACCGCACUGGCGCCUGGCGCGAGGUGAACGAGGGGUACGCCGACCCGGCGCAGUACCACGCCGAGAAGGGCAACGCGUACUUUGGCGCCGUGGUGGGCCGGUACGCGAACCGCAUGGCCCACGGCCGCUUCUCGCUCGGGGGCAAGACCUUCCAGGUCACCAACAACGACCACGGGGGACAGAACGCGCUGCACGGCGGCGUGCGCGGGUAUGACGCGCGCGACUGGGCCGUCGAGGCGUCCACGGACACUAGCGUGACCUUUGCGCUUGGUGACGACGGGUUCGAGGGGUUCCCGGGCAAGGUUCUCGUGCACGCGACCUACACUGUGGCCAAGGGCACCCUCCGCGUCGCGCUCACCGCGCUCCCGCUCGACGAGGCGACGCCGAUCCUGCUCACGACCCACGCGUACUUCAACCUGUCGAGCACGCUCGCCCCGACCGUGCUCGACGACGUGCUGCACGUGCCGCAGGGCAGCCGCGUCGUCGCUGUCGACGGCAUCUCGGUGCCCACGGGCGAGGUGCUCACGGUGUCGGGCGACCACCCGCUCAACUACACUGCUCCUCGGGUGGUGCGCGACGGCGCGCAGGGCGCCAAAUUCUGCGGCGAGGGCGGCGUCGGCAUCGACAACUGCUUCGUGUUCGACCGGCCCGAGGCGCCGAACUCGGCCUCCGUCGGCCCGGCACAGGUUAUCCUGGCGUCCAAGGCGACUGGUAUCCGCCUCAGCGUGCACACAAACCAGCCCGCGAUCCAGCUCUACUCUGGUAACGGGUUCGACGGCAGCGUCGAGACCCAGCUCGGAAAGGCAGAGCAGUACAGCUCGAUGGCUAUCGAGCCACAGGGAUGGAUCGACGCCGUCAACCACCCCGAGUGGGGCUACAACGACGUCUACUCGCCCGCGCGUGCGCAGUAUGUCAACAUCUCCGAGUAUGUCUUUGACACGGUGCCCGAGGGCCAGGAGAUCUAG